AUGCGCUUAUAUUAUGCUACUGUAGCUCUCGGCCAGCUGGCUGCCGCAAGCCGGCCCGGUCAAUGCAUAACCCGUGACGUUGCCAUUAUCGGUGGCGGCGCUUCAGGUUCGCAUGCGGCUGUCUGGCUCCGAGACCACGGCUACAGCAUCGUUCUUGUCGAAAAAAAUAACCGUCUGGGCGGUCACUCUCACGAUUACCAUGACCCCGAGACUGGCCUGGAUAUCAACGUGGGCGUGCAAACCUGGGUGGACUACCAGGGCUCCUUUGCCUUUCCUGAGCGAAUGAACGUAACAAUCGUUCCUCAAGCCCGCGGUCCACCCAACACGGAGUUCUAUGUCAACCCUAAGACAGGCCAACUGGUACCUGACUGGGUCCCGCCAGACAAUGCCGAAGUGACAGCGGCACUGCAAAGGUUUCUGGACGCUCUGAUGCCGUAUGAGCACAUGGUUCACCCUGGCUACUUCAACUUUCCUCCACCGAACCAGAUUCCCGAGGACCUGUUGAUGCCGUUCAAGGACUUUGUCAAAAAGUACAACUGCUCGGCGGCGAUUCCCCGGCUGUGGGACUCUACCGCUUCAGGGGUCGGCGACACGAUGAACGUCCCCACGCUGUAUGCUCUUCAAGGCUCCGGCUAUAUUAUGGCUCGUACAUUCCUUGGUCAGGCUGCCUCGGGAGUCCCAUCAUCUGGCCGUGUUGCUGAGCUCUACGAAAAGGUGGCCGACUUCUUGGGUAGUGACGUUCUCUUCGAGACUAUGGUCCUCACGACAACAAGGACUGCUAGGGGAGUUACGCUCCGUGUCAAAAACCCUCAGGGCAAGACGUCAUGCAUCGAAGCCAAGAGGUUACUCCUCGCCAUUGAGCCGACGUCUCAAAACCUGUCCCCUUUCGACCUUGACAAGACAGAGCGGGACGUCUUUGGCAAGUUCAAGUUUCCUACUUCAUAUGUUGGCUUCCUUCGACACCCCUCCCUGCAAAAUGGGUUCUCGUACGCCGUUCGGACCACAAGUCCCGAGUCGUAUACCUAUCUGGACUUCCCAACAGCUCCGGUUGUCGGCCGUCUCUACUACCUUUCCGGUACAAACGCCUUAUAUCGGUUUAUCGCGGUUGGCACGGAGAAGGACACUUCCAACAACAUCAAGAAAGUAAUCUCCAAACAUAUAAAGGACAUGAUCGAGGCCGGGACGCUGCCACCUUCGAACGGCACUGUUGAGUACGCUGUGUUUGCGGACCACGGCCACAUGCAUGCCCAUGUGACAGCCAAGGAGCUGCGUGCCGGCUUUAUUCAAAAACUCUACUCGUUGCAGGGGCGCAAGAACACUUGGUACACCGGCGCUGCGUGGUCUGGUCAAUUCUCGACGGUUUUGUGGAAGUUCAAUGAAGAGUUGCUUCCAAGGCUUAUCCAGGGGCUUUGA